AUGUAUGGUUUAUUAUUUGAAAUUCUACGAAAUUAUAUUGAAUCGACAUUCGGACCAGCAACAUGGGAAGCUGCUGUAGAAAUAGUCAACGGACAACCACUUGAAAUACAAGUUAAUAAAAACUAUUCCACUCGAUUAUUAACACGAAUCAUUGGUACAUUGUGUGAGUUUAUUGGUUUACCGGAAGAAGAUAUUUAUUAUGAAUUCGGUAUUCAAUCAGUUGAUUAUUUGAGUAAUAAUGGUUUCCAGAAAUCACUACAAGUAUUAGGUAAAAAUUACAUUGAUUUCCUGCACAAUAUCAAUGAACUGCAUGAAUAUUUACAUUAUUCUUAUCCAAAAAUUAAAGCACCUAGUAUACAAAUUACUUCAAUCAAUCACAAUGUCAUCACUUUGGUCUAUUCUUCAAUACGUGAAAAAUUCUCACAAUUUCUACGAAGUCAACUGAUAUAUAUAGCUAAAUUAUAUUUUCGAUUGGAUGUUAGUGCAAAAUUAGUUGAUAAACGAAAGCAAGCAGCUUCAUACAUAUACACAUUCAAAUUAUACAAUAAAGGUUUAUCGUGGGUCGAAUUAUUAGAAAAAGAUAAUCAACUCAACAAACAUAUAUCUCUAUUGGAUUUGACAAUCAGUUUACCAGAGAAUGAAUUUCUAGGCAUACUACCAUUCCAUUUAGUAAUAACCAAAGAUAUGAUGAUAAAACGGGUUGGUAUGGGAUUUUCGCACCUACGAAAUGAUUUACUGGGCAGAGAGUUUAUCACUUGUUUUCUGAUUUCAAAGCCAAAAACAAAUCCAACUUUCGAUGAGGUAAGUACUGUGAUGUAA